UUUUACUUUUUUUGGGGUUGACAAAUGCGAAUCCACUUUGACGUCACCUUCUCGCGACAGGUCGCGUCGUUCCAUUACGAAGCAAGCUCGUCGUCUUCCGACAAGACUCCUGACGCUCGUCCUUCUGCAAGCAGCAUCUCACUCGACGACGAUCCGACGCUGCUGCGGCUGCAACUCGAGCUCGCGCGACUCUUCCACGUCGUUCCAUCCAUGCAGCGCCUGAUUCUGCGCGGCCGCCGCCUCGACACGAACCAGACAAGCUCUACUGCAGCGACCGUGACAUCUGCAUUGGCGACUGGAGGGACUCUGACUGGAGGGACUGGCUCGCGAAAUGCUCCGUCAGCGCUUCGUUCGAGAACCGCCACGGAGAAUUCUAAUGAUGACCGAACAAUGAGGGGAUCGGACUUGGACGAACGCAACGAGCAUCGUGAUAAUCAUGAUGAUGGCAAUGACAUUGACGAUGCUGAUGGGCAGAGCGAAAAGCAGUCGCUCGACACGCUGGGCAUUGUGAAUGGCGACCGAAUCAUGCUGCUCGGCUCCACCCUCACCGACGUAGAAGAGGUGCGGCAAGCUGAGGGAAGCGCACUCAAAGCGAUUGAAGAGCGACGCCUGAUGCGAACCAAGGCCCAGUCCAGCCAAUCGCGCCGUCAAGCACCCGUGAAACCCUUCGCAGACCGUGAUUCGUCCGGUUUGGGGCGCGAGUAUGGGUUUGCCAGACUCGAGUCGUUGCCGUACUUUACGUAUCCGUCCCCUAGCGACGCUCUGGAGCUGCUUCGGCGGCUGUCGACCGAUCCAGGCAUUGUGGCAGUCGUCAAGAAGCAUCAUUGGCUGGUCGGAGCGCUUGUGGAGAUGCCGCCGGAGGGCAAAGUCGGCAUUGACGAUGUCUGCGUGCUUGGCUACAACACCAACAAGGGCCAGUCCAUUGCACUUCGUCUGAGGACUGACGAUCUAACAGGCUUUCGACAGUACAACGUGAUCAAGAAGACUCUUAUCCACGAACUGGCGCACAUGGUGCAUAGCGAUCACAAUGCAGACUUUCAUGCGCUCAACAAGCAGCUCACACAGGAAACCGAGCAGCUGGACUGGACGCGAAAUGGCGGUCACGCUCUCGGUGGCGCGCCCGUGUACAUGCCGCCAGAUGGCAAUGCUGGAACAGACCCGUAUGCGUGGGAGCGCGACGAGUUGACAGAGGAAGAUGUCAUGACAACCACUGCUCGCAGCUCUGGAGUUGCGCUUGGCGGUGGCAGCUUCCGCUCAAAUUUGCCGAGAACGGAGCUGGCUGCCCUCGCGGCGUUAUCUCGGUCGCAAGCUGCCCAGCCUCGCGAGCAGACCAUUUCGUCUGGCAAGGGGCAAGCAGCGGCAGCACCAGCAGCACCAGCGUCAACGCGUGCACCCGAUUUCGACGAGCACGCGAUUGUCAUUUCUCGUGUGAUGGUGCCAUCAUCUCCGCCAUCGCCCGUGGCACAACCUGUACACAUGUCAUUAGACGACACGCCGACUACUACGUUGCCGACCUCGUCUACCGCAAGCCCCAUGUCCAUCCACGGUCAGAACGACGAUGCCGGCUUGAUGGUUCUUGCAAACAACAGCCAUGAACCAGACGCCGCGGAUGCAACCUCGAAUUCGGUAGACCCGUUAGGAAUGGAGCUUGCAUCGCAGUAUGGAUCGCUCAACAAACUGGAACGCGCGACCGCGGCUGCCAGGCAGAUUGCCGUCUCUGCUGGUGCACAGGAAUGUCUUCGUACGCUUCAAGUCUACCUGGGAAAUGCUCUAAGGUACCCCAAGGACCCAAAGUACCACAGGAUUCGUGCGACGAAUCAAGCGUUUCAAGACCGUGUGGCGUCGGUUGAAGGCGGCACCGAGUUGCUGGAAUUGGCUGGAUUUGCACGAGAGCAGGAUGCGUUUCGGCUGUCUGCGUACGAUCCGGGUUUGAUUUGGCUCAUCAAGAAUGUGGUGGAUGAGCAGCUCGCGCACUAGUUGCCUUGGGGUUGAUAAAGCAAGGCCGACAAGCAACAAACACUCGGCUGAAAGCGGAGACGCGAAAAGCUGUGAAAACCCAGUGGCAUGUGCUUUAAUGACAGUCCACUCCUCCACAAUUUCUUGUGAAAGCAAUAAAUAACAGAAACAAAAACAAGCAAAAAAAAAAC